UUAGUUUCUAACCUUCAUUCAGUAUGGCGUACAAGACAAACGCAAACGCUUCUGUUACAUGACGUCGAAACUAAUCGAAAUUUUAUAGUUUUAUUAAGAAUUUCAUUAAAUUUGUUGUUAAAUGGUGUUAAAUUUUAAUUAAGUAUUCAUCAUAUGAUCUGACAUUAACCAACCCCCAAGAGAAUGGAUGACGAAGAAGUGGCUUUUCGCAUGGAGGCUUGGAAUGAGAGUGUAGCCACGGGCGGCAGACCAGUGGUUGUGUCUCAUUGGAGCUCUGACCAGAGCCCUCAACACGAGACUGUUUGUACAGAGGAAAUUGUGAAUGAUGAAGUCGUACAGGAAGAAGUUAUAGCUAUGGAGGAGAUGAUUCAAUCAACACAUCCCGAUCAGCAUUACAUUGUUGGAGGAGAGAUGCUUCCUCAUAGCAUAUCACAGUCUUUAGACCAAAUGGCUGCAGAGAAUCUUAUAUACAUGGCACAAGAUGUUGGUGUUAUGUCGAAUGAUAUAAUUGAAGAGCAGGUUAAUGAUGAGAUGCAGAAUGAGGCUGAUGUGUCGAAUGGACAGAAUGAUCAACAGUAUUUUGAGUGUCAGGUCACUGAGGAAGUUAUUACUGAUGAGUGGGUUGAAGAAACUGGACAGGAUAGAGUUGAAAUUGUAGUAGACCAAUUGGCGUCAACAGAACAGCCUGAGGAUGAUAUUGAUAUAAGUUUACCAACGGAUCAAGAUGAAUAUUCAGCCUCUAGGCCGCAUCCCUGUGAUUUUUGCUCAAGACGUUUUCGCAAAAAAGCAAAUUUGAUGAACCACAUGAUUGCUCAUCAAAAUGACAGACCUCAUUGUUGCAAUUUAUGUGGAGCAAGGUACACUAAUAAAAAUGAGCUAAUGAGUCAUUUGAAAAGUCAUGCUUAUGCACCAACUGAAGAUGAUCAUGAGGAGGACCAAAAUAUGAUUGCUAAUAAUCUUAAUGACUUAGGUGACAAUUUUAUGUCUCCAACCCAUGAGGUUCCAAAACGUAAGAGAUCAUCAAACAAACAUAACCAGAUGAGUGGCAAUUCUUCUGGUAUUAGUCGCAGAAGAAAACAAGACCAGGCUGUUUACGAAGAGAUGGAUGAGGAUAUGAGAAUUUUAACUGAAGCUGCUGAGCAGCAUUAUGCACAUUCAAUGUCAUUAGAACCUAGGUUUCCAGUAACUGACCCUAGAAAACCAUUUGUUUGCCAACACUGUGGGGUAGGUUUUGCUCGUGAGAAAGCAUUGGCAUCUCAUGCAAGGAUUCAUGGAGGUGAUUCACCAUUUGAAUGUGAAACUUGUGGUGAAAUGUUUUGGGAUGCUGCUGUUUUGCGAGAACACACCAGAAAUAAACAUCAAAUUCAAUCCAGUAAUUCAGAAUACGAACCAGAAAAUGAUGAUGAGUCAGAUUUAUCAGACACGGACAGCAAAUUUGGGGACUAUUAUUGCAAUACGUGUGGAAUGUCAUUUCAUCGAGUUGAUUUGUUAAAGAGACAUGCUAGGUUGCAUAUGAGUAGAAAAGACAUAUCAGAAACUGAAGAUGGACACAUGUGCAAUGUCUGUGGUGAAACAUUCCGUGAGGCUUUGGAUCUUCUUGCACAUGCAGAAGCUCAUGCAAGAUACCAGCCCCACAGGUGUAUGUUGUGUGGAGAGAGCUUCAGCAACGAAUCCAGUCUUUCGGGGCACGUCCAGCAAUUGCAUGUUGACUUGUUGACACCAAAUUCCUGUCUGCUUUGUGGAAAGCAGUGCCGAGAUCGCAAAGCUCUACUUAAACAUUCAUGGGAACACUCCAAGGAACGAGAACAUACUUGUAGCAAAUGUGCUAAGACUUUCCAUAAUAAAGCUAGGUUGAAGAGACACAUGGCUUCACAUCGCAACAAAUGUGUAACAUGUGACAUAUGCGGGGAACAAUUUCCAGAUGGUCGUAGUUUAAUGAAUCACAGACAUUCUCAUAGUUCAAUAUCAGGCAGACAAUUUCCUUGCAGAGAGUGUGGAAAAACAUUCGGUUCGAGAAGUUCACAGCAGAUUCACAUAAGAAUACACACAGGUGAGAGGCCUUAUGGCUGUCGGUUUUGCUGGAAGGCUUUUGCUGAUGGGGGCACUCUUAGAAAACACGAAAGAAUUCACACAGGUGAAAAGCCAUAUGCUUGUGCAGUGUGUCCCAGAGCCUUCAAUCAACGAGUGGUGCUAAGAGAGCACAUCAGAUCUCAUCACAGUGGUCCGGAUACAUCCAGAGGCAAUCAUUCAUCUCCAUAUGCUUGCGCAGUGUGUUCAGACGUCUUCACCAGCUCACAUGAUUUAAUUCAGCAUCUGAUUCACCAUUCUGAUAUGAACACUGCUAUGAAAAGACAACCUCAGGUUGGUCCUAGAAAGUACAAACGUCGCAGGAAAUUGAAGCCUUAUGAGGUUGAUAGGCUGGUUAGGAAAGGUGAACAUCGCAAGGACAAGCAGCGCAGGGAAUCAGAAGGAGAACGAGAGAGUGAUGUCUGGUAUUCAGAUUAUUCUCCAAUGCUAGAAGAUUUGGAUAGAGUACCACCUUCUUCAUCAGGAGGGAGCAUGUCAACAGCAGCAGUGCAGAACAAUACUGAUUAUGGAUCACCCAGCACGGCUACCGGUAGUUUUAGUUCGCCAAGGAGUUCAAGUCGCCGAUCGGCAUCUCCUGCUAAGAAGCAAAAAGUGAAAAACUCGAAUUCUACAUCCACCAACAACGACGAUGGCUACCAGGCCGUCUGCGAUAGUUUCGAAACUGUUAUGCAAAGUUUCAGUACUCUCGUCAAAGAUAUGAAAGCCAACAAGUCUAAAAAGAAAAAAGAAUUGGCGCAACAAGUGGCACAGUCCUCUAGACCCAAGAUGAUCCACACGGCCAAAACGAGAGUUGACCAAGAAGGUAAAAAGAAGACUAAGACUUUGAUCACCAGGACGACGGCAUCGUCUGUAGUUACCCAGCCUGUCCUUCAUUCUUAUAAGUCCGAGAGGAAUAGACCGAGGACUAAGAAUGUUAAUUACCACGUCUUACAAGCCGAGAGACCGCAGCCUGCUGUGUUUCCUGAUGCACAACUCCAGAGCGACUUGGAGAAUAUUCUGUCUAUGACUACUCCGAUAAAAAUUAAACCCGAUCCUGAUAUGCAGAGUUUUGAGACGUCGCCUCCGCCUGUCUCGAAUGAGGUAGACAUCACGACGACCACUCAGAACAUGGACAGUCCCCUAAAAGACAUCAAAGGCAUCGAAAAAUUUAAUUCGGACCUUGUGCAUGAUCUAGAGCAGAUUCUGCAAAGUCCAAUCAGACCAAAAUUCAAUUCGGAGUCCAGUAACAAUAAUGGACAAGAAGAGCAGUUUAUUCAGCAGGUGAAUCAACAGAUGAAUCAGCAAGUGAAUCAAGAGAUUGUAAAGAAAAAGAAGGAUGUCAAGCGGCCAGCAUCAGUGAAUCAAUCUACAGCAGGGUCUGCAGUCAGAAGGAGUGUCAGGAAUACUGCUAGAGUCAGUGGUAAUAGGAGAAGCGUGGUGACAGAUUUUAAAGAUGUGGUUGUCAAAGAGGAAAUUUUGGAUCAGGAUGAAUAUGAUGGUGAUGAGAUUGGUAUCUUUAAAUGUGAGAUGUGCAGUGAAAGUUUCACAACAAGAUCUGAAUUGUUGGUACAUGUACCUAUUCAUAUAUGAUGACUUAAAGUUUGAUUCAGAGCAUAAUUGGAUGAACUCACUUGUACUAUAUGCUUUUUUUGUACAUAUUUUUGAUGUAUUUUUAGACAAUGGAUUUUUUCUAAUAAUGUUCACAUAUGUAUUGACAGAGUCUAAUAAUGGGGCAUGGCUUCAAUAGAAAAAGAUAAAUUAUUUUAAAAAUUUAUUCUAAAAUCCACACGUUUCGGCUUUAGUCC